CUUACUACUCCUUCCCCUUCUUCCUCCCAGCUUCAUUUUUCGUUUUCAAUACUCACAUUAGAGAAAACUAAUAAGGUAUAAAAGCCAUCCUCCUUCACAACAAAUUUUCCACUCUUUCUGAUUGAAGAAACACUAAUUUAGUAGAGAAGAACUUGGUCCCUAUUCUGUUUCUUCCUUCUUUUAUGACAAGUCUAGGGAUCUUCUUCUGAUCUUCUCACUGAUCUCUACAAGGCCAUGAGCGCUUGACGAGACUAGCUAUAAGAUGGCUUUCUUCCCUGCAAAUUUCAUGCUUCAAACCUCUCACCCAGAGGAUCAUCACCGCCACCACCACCAACCUCCUCCUUCUCUCAACUCUCUCCUUCCUUCAUGUGCUCCACAGGAUUAUCAUCAUCAUGGGGGGCCUUCAUUUCUUGGUAAGAGAUGCAUGUCAUUUUCAGGAAUCGAGCUGAUGGGUGAAGAAGCUAAUAAUAAUAAUGGUGACGAAGACUUGUCUGAUGACGGGUCUCAGGCGGGGGAGAAGAAGAGGAGGCUAAACAUGGAACAGGUUAAGACACUUGAGAAAAGCUUCGAGCUUGGAAACAAGCUUGAACCAGAGAGGAAAAUGCAGCUUGCAAGAGCUCUAGGAUUGCAACCCAGACAGAUUGCGAUAUGGUUCCAGAACAGAAGAGCCAGGUGGAAGACAAAGCAGCUUGAGAAAGACUAUGAUGUUCUUAAAAGACAAUAUGAUGCUCUUAAAGCAGACAAUGAUUCUCUUCAAGCUCAAAACCAAAAACUCCAAGCUGAGAUAUUUGCAUUGAAGAACAGAGAACCAACUGAAUCUAUCAACCUGAACAAGGAAACAGAGGGAUCUUGCAGCAACAGAAGUGAGAACAGCUCAGAGAUUAAGUUUGAUAUAACAAGAACAACUGCUAUUGAUAGUCCUGAUCUUUCAACACAUAAUCAAACUAGCAUAACCUUAUUUCCAUCUUCUUCUGCUUCUGUUAGGCCACCUUCUUCAGGAGGAGUGGCUCACCAGCAGCAGCUCUUUCAAGCUUGUUCAAGACCAGAGCUUCAGUGUCAGAAGGUAGAUCAGAUGGUGAAAGAAGAGAAUAAUAAUUUGAGCAAUAUGUUCUGUGGGAUCGAUGAUCAGUCUGGGUUCUGGCCAUGGUUAGAGCUGCAACAUUUCAAUUGAAACAUGCUAUUAUAUGGGGAUCUGAUCAGAGUUUGCUUCAAAUUGAGAUGUAGUUUUAUCAAGAGGGUGUCCAUUAGUUAAUUAUUACCAUAUACACUUUAUGAUGAUGAGUUCUUACUUGAAUUGAAAUACAAUUAGAAAUUUUCUGGGUGGUGAGGCUUGAAAA